AUCAACACACACAAACCCUCACACAUCAAGUGCCUAACUGUGGAAGUAAUAUGGGCUUGGCUACAUCUUGAGAUUAGUGAACCUCAAAACGGUACGCUAUUAGCCUUGCACCGUGACGGCGGUUCGAGAAACAAAGUUGGUGAUUGACACCUGUCUUGGGCUACGCUCAAGAUUAUCUAACAAUUCCGAUUCAUUAGAAUAAAGAUACAAAUUGAAAUAGGCACUUCCCUGGUUCAUACACACCAGCUGCUCACGCCUCUUCCCACCCGAUUGAACCAACCGGGCUCCAUUCCUUAAAUCACGUCAUUACAGGCGCAUGGCGUGGCGCAAUCCAUCCCUCAACAAAAUCACGGUUGAAUACCAGUUCUGGCUCCAAAGACUGCAGCUGUAGGGCCCUGCUUGUUCCUGAGCAGUCGACUUCCCAACUGUAGGAUGGUGUUGUGGCACCACGGCCACCUUACAUUAAUAGACAAACCUUGAUAUCUGUGUGAACAGCGGAGCACAUCAGCCCAACCAUGAGGGACAGACUGAGCAACCUGCAGGAAAUGUCCAGCGAACCUGUGGAGCAGAUGGAGUAUGCCGAGUCCACUGUCUCCGAGGCCUUCAGUACCGUGGACCUGGAGGAGGAGUUGACACAUGAGGCCGUGGUGUUUGACAACAGCCCGGCUCUGGAUGAGGUUUUUUCCAGUUCGCAGGACAUCCACAGAGAGGUCCAGCUCAUCCGACUGGAUAUCAAAAGGCUUCGCGAGCAUAACUCCCGCAUGGUUGGUGGUGUCACCACCAUGAGCACUAUCAAAAGGAACUCCAACGCUAUUGGUGCUGACAUAAAAUCUCGAGCUGAGGAGGUGCUGGCACGCCUGCAGGUCAUGGACGGCAAGGCAAAAAAGCUUGAAGAAGAAUUUGGCUCAAAUUCCGCCGUAACACGAAUUGCGAGAACCCAGUAUGCUAGCCUCAGCAAUGGUUUCCGCGACACCAUGUUUGACUAUAAUGAGGCUGAGAUGAGCCAUCGAGAAAACUGUAAAGCCCAGAUCCAGAGGCAAAUGGAGAUAGUGGGACGCGAGGUGACAGGAGAGGAAGUGGAGGAGAUGAUCGAGAAAGGUCAGUUACACAUCUUUAAUGACAACAUUAUGGCUGAAGGUAAAACGGCUCGAUCAGCUCUGUCCCAGAUUGAGAAACGCCACCAAGAGUUGAUUGAUCUGGAGUCACGUAUCCAAGGCAUCCAUGAGAUUUUCCUGGACAUUGCCAUGCUGGUUGAGGAGCAGGGCCCCAUGCUGAAUGCCAUCCAAACCAAUGUGCAGAAGACCGAUGAAAGCAUACAGGAGGCACUCGUUAAACUCGGCAGGGCCCAACGUCACGACAAAAACAAUCCCUUUAAAAAGAUGUUUUGCAGCUGUUUCCCCUGUGUCGACUAAUGACUACAGUACAGUACAAACAUGGGUAGAGUGAUUUCGAAAUUACAAUGCUGUCUAGACAAGCAAAAGUGGGGAAUUUUAAGAACAUUUUCUGUAUGUUUCAAUUGUACAAACUUCAAUAUUGAUAAAGGUUAAAACUAUUGUGUCUAGAUUUAAUGACAAGGGUAAAAUAACCUAACCUAACCUUCGACCUCUAAUGUUUUUAUGAAAUGUUUGAGACAGGUAUCUCAAAUCCAAAUUCAUUCCCCUAUGAUGCAGGUGUCAUGCAGACCUCGAGCAAAUUGUAUUUGAAAAUGUUGUUUAUGUUUUGAAUGUCUGCUGAGUUUCCACAUGUGAGGGAUUUAUCAUAAUGCAAUGACUGCAACACAUAAAUUCAUUUAUGCAAUUGUUUCUGAGAUUAUAUUGUAUAGUGUCUUAUGAAGCCUUUUAGGUCAUUAAAUGUGUCACUUCAUCUCAAUUCACUGGUAAAAAUUGCUAUUCUUGAUUUACGGCUGAAAUAAAUUUGACUUGAUUUUUGAUUAAAUUGUUAAUAUAUUCUGCAUUCUUUUCUAUAUAUAAAUCAUAAUAUUGGGUCAAAAGAAAUCAGCCUUUUUGUGAUUACCAUUUAGCAUUACACUCCUCCCCAUCUCCCAUUAUUGUCUUAUCUUUACUGUUUCUUUUAAACACCAGUAGGCUACACACUACAUUACAGCAGCCUUAUGUAUUGUAAGUCGCAAUGUUAUGUACCUGGAUCUUUUACUUUACACAGCUAUUUUAUGAUUGUAUGUAUGAUAAUACCUUUCUUCUGUGGUGUCAUAUAUUACAUAAAUAGUUAUAUUAAAAGUU